AUGGCCAAAAAUAAGGGCAACUCAAAGCAGGCAACCAACACUCGCCGCCCCAGUGCAGGGCCUCUGAUCCCUACACCCGACUCUGCCCACGCCAUCGCCCACGUCCCCACUCAUUCUACAGACGAAAAGCGGGACCUCAAGUCUGCCAAUGGCACCGGCGCCAAUACGCCUGAGGAAGUCGAAGAUGACGUCUGCUUUAUCUGUGCGGAGCCUAUCCAGUUCUGGAGUGUGGGUAUAUGUGGUCACCGGACUUGCCAUGUUUGUGCUAUUCGACUGAGGACAUUCUACAAGAAGGACCACUGCACUUUCUGCAAGACAGAGCUACCGACUGUCUACUUUUCCAGACUGCCCACCGCCGGGCUGAUCCUGCCUGGCACUCUGGACUUGGGAGCCUUUCCCUAUGUGGAUGACAAGCUCGGGGUGGUGUUUGAAGAUGAAGACAUGAUGGAAGCUACCCUCACUCUCCUUCGCUUCAACUGCCCUUACACUGAUUGUGGUUUCCAAGCAGUCAACUGGGCUUCUCUCGAGCGCCACACUCUUUCCACCCACGGGCUUGUCCUCUGUACACUCUGUCGGUCCCAGCUCUCCCGCUUUGCCCACGAGCAAACUUUGUACCCGCCGCAUCUAUUGCCGCUGCACGAUCCCUCCAGGGUCAAGAGGGGACAGAAACCGCCAAAGACGAGGAAUGCACAGGAGGCUGAUCUGGUCAAAUCUUGGGAGGCGCCGCACCCUGUCUGCGAGUUCUGUCACCGCGCUUACUUUGGCCCCGACGACCUUUUCAAACACAUGCGCAUCGACCACGAAGAAUGCCACGUCUGCCGCGAACAAGGCAACCGCCACGUCUACUUCGAAAACUACAUUCGCCUCGAGCACCAUUGGCGAGACGACCACUACCCCUGCUCCCAACCGCAGUGUCUUGAAGACCGGUUUGUGGUCUUUGGGAGCGAGUUGGAUUUGAGGGCACAUAUGAUGGAGGUGCAUGGGAAUCAGAUGAGUGCGAGGGAUAGGGCGCAGGCAAGGACUUUGCAGCUUGAUUUCAGCAGGCCUUCUGGUGGAGAGAGUUCGGGUGGACGAGGGUUCUCACUUGGUGGUCGGAAUGCGGGGUCUUCCACAGGACCGUCGAGGAUGCGUAACGACGGACCCCAAGUUCAGGCGUUGGACGAUACACCUGCUAUGACCCCGGCGAUGAUUGCUCAGCAGAGGCGGCAGAUGGCUGUGGAUCGAGAAGGAGGGACGGCGGGGGCCAGUAGUAAUCAGAGUGCGAGGAGGAGGGGAUUCGAUGGAGGGUUGACUCGGCCGGCGGGGCAGGCGACGAAUGGACCGGCGAGGAGUGGGCCAGCUACACCUGUCACUCCUGCCGCCCCUCGGGAAGAUGUCGACGACGUGACCGUCUCGCGACACGAAGAACUCCUCUCCCGAGUGACCAUGCUCACCGGCGACUCUCCCACCAAACUCGCUUCUUUCCGACACGCCGUCCGAUCUCUUAAGACCAACGAAUCUUCUCCUCGCGACAUGAUCGACACCAUCUUCAACGGUGUCUUUGAGCUCGACCUCGACGUCACUGUUGCUAUAGGCCGCGAAAUCGCCAAGCUCUUUGCCAGCGAGGGCGACAAAGACAAGGAAAAGAGCAUUUUGGAGGCGGUGUCUGGGUUGAGAGCGGAACAGGCGAACGAGUUCCCGUCUCUCUCUACCGGAUCUUCCCAGACUGGGUAUGGUAACCACUAUGCCGGUGUCGCUUCCGGUACCGUCCUGAACGUCAAACGUGCGACCAGGCCGUCGGCCGGUCAAGGACGGGCUGUCUGGGACCGAGUGCAACAGGCGGCAGAGAGGGGUGCUGCAAGCCGGCCAGCACCGAGGGCCACGACUGGCGUCGGUGGCAGGUGGGUGCCGGGCGCUACUACAAGCCGCGCCAGUCCGGGCUCGGAAGCUUUCCCUUCUUUGGGUAGCUCUUCCGCUGGGCCUUCUGCGUCUUCGUCCAGACAGACGUGGGCGUCGGGAUCAGCUGGGCCUUCUACGUCAAAAGCGCCUUCAGCACUCGUCCCCCAGAUCCGGUCCGUCAACAACCCUUCCAACCCUAGCACCGGCCGGAAACCCAAAGCGCCCAACCUUUCGUCUUUCCCGUCGCUUCCUUCUUCGAGUAAACCGAAGAAGACGACCAAGGAAGAGAGGCUGGCGUUGAUUGGCAAGCCUCAAGGGAGGGCUGCUGCUGCUGAACAGCCAGAGCUUGGGCCGAGGGAGGCGAUGGAGGGGCUGAGUAUUGGGGAAAGGCCGGAGGGUCAACAGGGAGGUGGUAAAAAAGGAAAGGGGAAGGGAAAGCAGACGCUGUUUACUAUUAGUGCUAGACCUCAGUAG